AGAAAAGCGCUUCAGUAGCGAGAGGGGCUGAGAAAGUGGUGACACCGCUGGGGUGCGGAGGGAGUCUCUCAAACUUCUCUCAACAGCCCCAGGGCCAAUCUCCCCUCAGCCCACUCCCCUCUUCGCCAGAUCCCUGGUCCCCACUCCCUGCACUGGGGGUGGGGUGGGGAACUGGGCCCGUCUCCCGCGGGGACACACACAGGGUCCGGGAGUGGGGACGGGACCCCCAGGCCAGGGGGGGGUACGGACGGACAGACGGCCGCGCGGCCGCCCCAGCGGGCAGGCAGGCCGGAGGCGGGGGUACGGCCGGGAGGACCUGGGCUGGGGAGUUUCCUCUCAACUAUCGGGGGAGAAACUCCCCAUAGCCGGUGUUUUCCUCCCGGGGGCCGCGUUCCCCGCCCCGCGUAUCGGCGGUUCCCACCGCCACCGCCACCGGUGCCUCCACCUCUGCCAUCUCUUCACCACCUCGGGCCCCGGUGUCCCCGGCCAGCACUAUGCCCAUCUUACUGUUCCUGAUAGACACGUCUGCCUCUAUGAACCAGCGCAGCCAUCUGGGCACCACCUACCUGGACACGGCCAAAGGCGCGGUAGAGACCUUCAUGAAGCUCCGUGCCCGGGACCCUGCCAGCAGAGGAGACAGGUAUAUGCUGGUCACUUUCGAAGAGCCGCCCUAUGCUAUCAAGGCUGGAUGGAAAGAAAACCAUGCAACGUUUAUGAAUGAACUGAAAAACCUUCAGGCAGAAGGACUUACGACUCUUGGCCAAUCCCUAAGGACAGCUUUUGAUUUGUUAAAUUUAAAUAGAUUAGUAACUGGCAUAGACAACUAUGGGCAGGGAAGAAACCCCUUUUUCUUGGAGCCAGCAAUAAUUAUUACAAUCACUGAUGGGAGCAAGUUGACUACUACUAGUGGUGUCCAGGAUGAGCUCCAUUUACCUCUUAAUUCGCCAUUGCCUGGAAGUGAAUUGACCAAGGAACCUUUUCGUUGGGAUCAGAGACUAUUUGCUUUAGUACUUCGGUUGCCUGGCACCAUGUCAGUAGAAUCAGAACAGUUGACAGGUGUGCCUUUGGAUGAUUCUGCUAUCACACCAAUGUGUGAAGUGACAGGAGGCCGGUCAUACUCUGUAUGUUCUCCAAGAAUGCUUAAUCAGUGUCUGGAAUCCUUGGUGCAGAAAGUACAAAGUGGGGUGGUAAUCAACUUUGAAAAGGCAGGACCAGAUCCUCCUCCUCCUGAAGAUGUGCAGCCAGAUAUAUCAAGACCUUUUGGAUCUCAGCCUUGGCAUAGCUGUCACAAGCUCAUAUAUGUCAGACCAAAUCCUAAAACUGGGGUUCCUAUAGGCCAUUGGCCUGUUCCAGAGUCUUUUUGGCCAGAUCAGAAUUCUCCAACACUACCACCUCGUACAUCUCAUCCUAUAGUGAAGUUUUCCUGCACAGACUGUGAGCCAAUGGUUAUUGACAAAUUGCCUUUUGACAAAUAUGAGUUGGAACCUUCACCACUGACUCAGUUUAUUCUAGAAAGGAAAUCUCCUCAAACAUGUUGGCAGGUGUAUGUGAGCAAUAGUGCAAAGUAUAAUGAGCUUGGCCAUCCCUUUGGUUACUUGAAAGCUAGUACAGCACUGACCUGUGUCAACUUAUUUGUGAUGCCUUACAAUUACCCAGUUCUCCUCCCUCUCUUAGAUGACUUGUUCAAAGUGCACAAAGCAAAACCAACUCUGAAAUGGAGACAGUCAUUUGAAAGUUAUUUGAAGACAAUGCCUCCCUACUAUCUUGGGCCCCUGAAGAAAGCUGUUAGAAUGAUGGGCGCACCUAAUCUGAUAGCAGACAGUAUGGAAUAUGGACUCAGUUAUAGUGUCAUUUCAUACCUCAAAAAAUUGAGUCAGCAGGCCAAAAUUGAAUCUGAUAGAGUCAUCGGAUCUGUAGGCAAAAAAGUAGUGCAGGAAACUGGAAUUAAAGUCCGAAGCCGAUCACAUGGGUUGUCAAUGGCUCAUAGGAAAGGUUUUCAAGUGCUGCAGGGUAUUUCGGAAGAUGUCCCCCACAGGCUGCUAGACCUUAAUAUGAAGGAGUACACUGGGUUCCAGGUUGCUUUACUAAAUAAGGAUUUGAAGCCUCAGACCUUUAGAAAUGCUUAUGAUAUACCAAGACGGAAUCUUCUGGAUCAUUUAACAAGAAUGAGAUCUAACCUUUUAAAGAGCACCCGCAAAUUUCUUAAAGGCCAAGAUGAAGAUCAAGUGCACAGUGUACCUAUAGCACAAAUGGGGAAUUACCAGGAAUACCUCAAGCAAGUACCUUCUCCAUUGAGAGAACUUGAUCCUGAUCAGCCUCGAAGGUUGCAUACAUUUGGCAAUCCCUUUAAACUGGAUAAAAAGGGUAUGAUGAUAGAUGAAGCAGAUGAGUUUGUGGCUGGACCUCAGAAUAAACACAAGCGGCCUGGAGAGCCAAGCAUGCAAGGGAUCCCGAAAAGGCGCAGGUGUGCCUCUCCACUCUUAAGAGGCCGACGGCAGAGCCCUGCUGUGAACAGUCACAUCGGAGGGAAAGGACCACCUGUACCCAUGACGCAAGCACAGCCAGGUCUUAUUAAACCCCUUCCUCUGCAUAAAGAAGCCACUAAUGAUUCUAUAGUAGACGAUGUGGUUGAAAAUCAUGUUGCUGACCAGCUUUCAUCAGACAUGACACCAAAUGCUAUGGAUACUGAAUUUUUAACAUCUCCAGCCAAUCUUUUGGAACCAUCAACCAAUCAUACAGAGGCCCUUGGUCAUGAACAUUUAGGAAACAAUGACCUCACUGUUGGUGGGUUUUUAGAAAAUCAUGAGGAGCCAAGAAAUAAAGAACAAAAUGCUGAAGAGAAUAUACCAGCAUCUUCACUUAACAAAGGAAAGAAAUUGAUGCAUUGUAGAAGCCAUGAAGAGGUCAACACUGAACUAAAAGCACAAAUAAUGAAAGAGAUCCGAAAGCCAGGAAGAAAAUAUGAAAGAAUCUUCACUUUACUGAAGCAUGUGCAAGGCAGUUUACAAACAAGGCUAAUAUUUUUACAAAAUGUCAUUAAGGAAGCAUCCAGGUUUAAGAAACGAAUGCUAAUAGAACAACUGGAGAACUUCUUGGAUGAAAUUCAUCGAAGAGCCAAUCAGAUCAACCAUAUUAAUAGCAAUUAAAAGAAAAUAGAAUGCGGCCACUUAUUUCAUUAUCUUCUCCAAAUACAAAGUAAAUACAAGACUGUUGUAAUCUUGUAUUCAUUCUUUGACAUGCAUUGUUGGCUAUUUGAAAUACUAAAAACAUUCUACAGUUCCUUUCCAUCAUUUUACAGUGACCUUUUCAUUUUAGCUUAUUUUUGUAAAGUGAAAAGUAUCACUAAAUUUUUUUCUCCUUUUUUUCUUUUUAUUUUAACAAACUAAAACUAUUCUUCAAAUCCUCUGCUUGUCAUUGGCUCUUGCGUGUCAGUUUUCCUCAGGUUAUAUUUUCUUAAACCAACCUUUAAAAUUGUCAGCUCUGUUAAGGUUGAACUUUGCCAAAAAAAAAAAAAAAAAAAAAAAAAAAAAAAAAAAUUAAAAACAAGUUACUUUGUAAUUUUGGGGGAAAAAAGCACAUACAUUAAAACUAGGUAAUGUUUUGUAUAUACAGUUAUUUUGGAUAUAUUAUUGUAAGUUGUACAAAUGUAUUUUGAAGAAUAUUUAAGAAAAGCACUUUUGUUAUUCCAUCAAUAAAUGCUCUAUUUUACUCUCGUGUGGUUUAGGAAAUAAUCACAUUUAAAGUAACUACUUAAAAACAUUCUAAAACAAUGGAAUUUUAAAGGCCUUGCUUUUUAGCAUUAAAAAAUACACAACUUAAUAUUUGUUAAACUAAUGUAAUUAUGUGUUACAUAGCCUGCAUUGUCUUUCUAACUAUAUGUUCUUGGCUUUUGUUGGCGAUGCCAAUACUCCACUCUUGCCUGGAUAAUGGUAAUACCUUCAUCUGUGGCAGAUAGACAGAUGGGGAGUUUUUAAAAAAACAAUUUUAAAAGUAGAUGAAUUGAGGCAUUAUUGGUUACUUAACACCUUUCAAUCUUUCUUACAGGAUUUAGAUGGCACUCAAGUCUAGCUAAUAGUUAGGGUGUGGUAGCUUUAGGGUAUAUCAUAUUUGGAAAUGCCUAGUAUGCUGUAAUUUGGUCCCAUGCCAUGCUUACAUGAGUUUAUAAUAUGAUGAUUCAGAGAGAGUCUCUUGGUUCUGCUCUCUGAUUCUCAUACUUAUUUAGAAGCUAACUGGAGAGGAAAUCAGCUUAAGAUGACUAUAUUCAUUUUCUUUCCCCCUUAUUUGCACAAGAUGAGGCUAUCUGGCACUUCCAUUCUCCAUCCUCACAGGGCCGCACAUCUUUGUUAAGGAUGUGACCUUGUGUCCUGACUCAUGCACAUAUUCAUAGAUCACUGCUGUGCCUUUUAGUGGUUUGGAGGGGAACCAGUAGAAAAGGUUAGAAUUUUUAGAUUUGGAAUAAUCGGGGUGAAAAAAAACUUUUAAAUUAUUUUUUUAAUUGAAUUAUUUUUAGAUUAAUAAUAUUUGGAAAUCACAUACCCUUAAAAAUAAUUGUAAAUAUUUAUGAAGGAAAGCAUACAUAGAGAAAACAUUCUUGAGGUCUGCUAUUUUAGUCAAGGGGAUUUGAAACUCUUCCAAUACUGAAGACAAACCCUGUAAAGAAAAAGAAACAUUUAAUAUGACUUUUGGUAUUUUCAAAAAACAUUUCAUUAAACAUUUCUUACCUCUUCAAAAUUCCUGGAAGUAAAUGAAGAUAUAAUUUAGAGAUGGAAUUGUUCAAAUAAUUGCCUGUAAUCACACUGCUCAAUUCAGCAGAAACUAUACAAAAUCCAGAUUAACUUUGUGGUUGUGAAUUAUGUGUAUUAAGAGUGAGAUCAGUGGGAACACUGGAGCCAUUUAGAUAGAAAUUAUAUUAAGCCAGCACAUGGGGGGCUGUCUUUGGAAGGCUCUUCAUGUCAUAGGCGAGGUGGAAUGAUGCUCAGAUGUCUCUGCCUUUACUGCAAUUUCCAAAAUGAAGCCCCAAGGAGUGUAAAGUAACAGGAUCUUCUGUGUCUGUG